AUGAGCGACCGAGAUAGCGUCGCGUCGGUCGAUGAGAGGAGUAAUCUGGAGGAAGAGAUACCACUAACGGAAGAGGAGGCGGCUUCACGAGAUGCCUUUGUGGCUUCGGUGCGAGAACUGUACGAUGCGGGAACACCGUUCUUCACCAAGGAGAUGAUUCAGCUUGCGCAAGAUCAGGUUGACCAGAUUGCGGAGGGUUCGAUAUCACCAGAAAAAGUAGACCGCCUUGGUUUUGAUGGUAAAAUGCAUUCGCAAUGUUUUCCGCCUUCGUUUUUCACGAAAAUAGAGGAUGAAAUCCUCUUCCCCAUUGUUGGGUACAACUCGUUCGAGUCAUUAACUAUGUUGCCGCCAAAUCGUCUAGGCGACAACUUGUUUAUUUCUGUCCGCAUCUCUGGCUUAUACAGGUCGAUAAAUGAACUGCCGGAUAUUUCGCAAGAUGAUGCGAGGUGUGCAUUCGACAAGUGUUUCGACCUAUGGGAACAAGGCGAGGAGUGGGCAGAUUUGAAAGAGCGGAUUCGGCCGCAUCUUUCACGGCUGCCAGUGACCAUUGACAAGAUUAUCGGGUUUGGGCUCGGCGUUCUGACGACGGAAACCAGGUGUAACGUUGACAAUGAAUGGGUAAAGCGCUGUAGCGAACAACACGCUUUGAUGCUCACGUUGGCCAAGAUGUUUCGAGAACACACUGGCAACAGUGUCAAGUGUUUUGCCCAAGACCCCGCGUAUUCCAACACUUGCAAGGAUAUUCUUGGCAAGAGAGGCGUUGACAUUGUCCACGGAGACACGGGGUUUCUUUUGGUGGACGAGAACUCCAUUGUAUUGUCAUUUUCUCCCAAUGUCCCCGUUCGACAGGUGAUUGCGGACCUGACUCGUCCGGCAAUGAUGGUAUGCAAUUUGAUUUCCAAGCCCACGAGAACUGAGUGGCGGCGAUGUGGAGGUGUUUCCGUCAGCCCUUACACCACAGAUCCUGUUUCGCCGCGAGUCAUGGCCUUGAAAGAAGGAUACAUCGAGUUACCCAUCAACACUGUAGUGUCGCUAGGCGAGUCCGCGGUAUAUAUACGAGAUGAAAAGACCUCGAAACCGCCCCAAGCUCAAGGCACAUCUUCGUAG